AUGGCUCGCUCGACGAGCAGCAAGACGAAGAGCGCGAAGGCCGGUGUCAUCCAUCGGAUCCUCUUCCGAUGUUACUCUGCUGCUGGAAUCGUCCUUCGCCAUGCCAGGAAGCAUACUGGCGUAGGAAUGAUAUGCUCAGUAGCGUAUUUCGACCCGGGUAACUGGGGUGCCGAUCUCCAGGCCGGUUCAGAAUAUGGAUACAAGUUGCUUUUUGUCGUGCUGUUGUCCGGCUUAUUUGCAAUCUACAUGCAGAUUCUUGCUUCAAGAUUGGGUUGUGUUACUGGGCUAGAUCUUGCUUCACACUGUCGGUUGCUAUUGCAUGAUCGUCCUAAGCAUACUCGUUUAUGGCGAUGGCUCGUCCUUUAUCCGUUGUAUUUGCUUUCAGAGGCGGCGAUCAUAAGUACCGAUCUUGCUGAGCUGUUAGGUUCUGCCAUUGCGCUGUGUCUGCUCUUCCCGAAGCUUCCUGAAUGGGCCGGCGUACUGGUAACUGCAGCCGACGUGCUUGCACUACUGGCUUUUAGGGAUCCUCUUCGAGGCCAACCUGUUAGGGUAUUCGAGCUUCUGAUCGCAGUCCUGGUCUUCACCGUUCUGAUUUGCAUGGCGGUAAUCAUCUCUAAAGCUGGAGUGCAUUGGGGCCACGCUUUUGAUGGUUUUAUACCUUCGCAUGUCUUGAUCACACCUGGAGGUCUUUAUACUUCUGUCAGUAUCCUCGGUGCGACCGUGAUGCCGCACAGUCUGUAUCUUGGUUCGGCCUUGGCUACUCAGGAUAGGCUACUCAAAUCGAAGGGAAAUGAUACUCUCAUCUUAGCCGAAACACGCAAGUGUGAACUGUCGAUGACUUCCUUGCGACUUUGGCGACCGCAAUUGUGGGCAUUCGUGAAGUCCCUUCGCGAACAUUUCGUCGUUGCUCCCAUGCAGGACGACGCUACUACUCCAAAAUCGCAUGAGGAACGGGAGAAUCAUGCGCUCGCGUUUGUGCGGGCACAUUUGUACCAUGGAAUUGUGGAUAUGGUCAUCAGCUUGCUUGGCCUAGCUGUUGUGAUUAAUACAUUGAUCCUCGUCCUUGCGAGUGCAGUUUUCUACUCUCCGGGAUCGGUGAAUUCAAACUCGCCGGCGACUCUCUUUGAUACGUAUGAUUUGCUGCGGGACCGACUGGGUAAAGCUGUUGCAAUUUUGUUUGCCCUUGCACUUUUAGCUUCAGGUCAAAGUUCAUCCAUUGUUGCGACUCUAGCGGGUCAAACUGUCUCUGAAGGAUUCAUCCGAUGGAGGAUGUCUCCCGUCGCCAGACGUUUGGUGACCCGAUGCCUUGGUCUGAUUCCCUCCAUGGUCGUCGCGAGCGCGUUGGGUCGUGCAGGAAUCAGCACACUACUGAUAGUUUCCCAGGUUGUGUUGUCGAUCGUGCUACCCUUUGUUGCGUUUCCCCUCAUCUGGUUGACUUCGUCGAAGUCGAUCAUGAGCGUCAAGAAACCGCGACCUGACAAAUCAUCUGUGGAGAUACCUGCGUUAUCAAGUGAUGAUGCCCCCGAUGAGGUCCAGCUUAAAGAGGCCUGCGUAGAAGUAGAAGAAGACAAGGAAGCUGCGGAGGAAGAAAUGGUGGACUUUUCGAACGGGAAGUUCACAAUCUGCCUUGGAUAUAGUAUUUGGCUCCUCAUCGUGAUCGCGAACGCAUACACGAUCGUGACAUUGGCCAUGGGGGAAGAUGGUUAA